AUGCCGCGACAUCGAAAAACUUCUCGGCCCGUAAAUGAAGAAAAUCAACAACAACAUCAAUACAAUCCACCUCCAUCAAAUUAUUGGCAACCACAUCAGUAUGACGGACGAUCGCAGUAUGCCCAAGGCCAACAUUAUUAUCAGCAAUAUCAGCAACCGUAUCCGGUGCCGAACGGUUGGAACGCUGAGCAAAAUUACGCUUCAAAUUAUGGUACAAAUUGGCAAAACGAUUGGUAUGGAACCCACUACUCAGCACAAAAUUCUGUUGGGCAUGCAAACGUUGGGCCAUCGCAUUAUAAUAACUCGUCUUGGGGCGGUGAAUAUCGAGAAGAACCACAGAUAAAUGGUUGGAACGGAGGUUAUUACUCUCUUGACUAUUAUCCAAGCUCAUAUCAACCAAAACGAUACGAAGGAAAUCGACACAUUCAUACACCUGUUUCUGGACGAUCUUCAAGGUAUCCAUCUCCUGGUAAAGAAGGUAAGAGAAGCUAUCGCGAUCAGAACGACGAAAUGCGGUACGAUCAAUCAUCCGAAUCAAGGUGGGCAUCGCGUGAUCGAUUUCAAGAUCCUGCUUCCAAUCCUGUGAUAAAUGAGCCAAGGAAGCAUUACUUACAACAAAGUCUGCAAGAGCCGGGACACUACCCUAUCAACUCACAAACACCAAAGCCUCUGCCAUUGCUUGUCCUCGAUUUGAACGGAACUUUGGUCUAUCGUUCUUCUAGAUCGUCUGGUACUGCUGCAGAACGUAGUAAAUUUCCGACUUUGCGACCUUAUCUUGCCUGCUUUUUGCAAUACUGUCUUGCCGUUGAUGCCGAACAUCAACCAGAUCCAAACGUAAGUCAAGAUGCUUGGCGAAAAUGGCAAGAAGAUCGCACGAAGGAUAACGAAGAGGAGACUGUAGAAGACAGUGAAAUUAAUGGUGACAAAGACGCAAGAAUGUCUGAUUCGGAGAACGUUUCGCAUCCAAAGACGCACGGAACACAUUUCUGGCCCAAAGAAAACUCUGAACCGGAACCAUUGCCAAGUGCUACGUAUAGACUUUUGCUGUGGUCUUCUGCUCAACCGCAAAAUGUCGAUCAUAUGGCCAGAGCGAUCCUAAACCCGAACCAAGCUGAACAACUUUUGAGAGUGUAUGCAAGAGAUACACUGGUUACACGUAAAUUUUAUUCGCUCAAAUCACCUAGUGUAAAAGAUCUGGAAAUUCUUUGGGCAGCUUUGAAUAAUUUAAUGGGCAAUGAUGAAGCAAAGAAACGAGGUGAAGAAAGAUUAUUUGCUGAGGCACGGGAUCGAGAAGACAGACAAGUACAACAAGAUCAAGCUGCGCUCGAGAAACUGCAUGGUUUGUGGAACAAAGAGAUCGUAUUGCCGAAAGAGAACGAAAAGACAGGCGUGUACUCUGAUGGAUUCGGAUAUGGACCGCACAAUACACUGCUUCUGGACGAUAGUGUUUCAAAAGCAAGGAUACAACCUUUCAAUCAUCUUCUCGUUCCUGAAUUCGAUGCAGAACGGGCAAAAGUUGUGAAAGAAUACAAGAAAAAGCAAGCUGGUGAAAGUGAAAAGGAAGAAGAAGAAGAAGAAGAAACAGAUCAGGACGAAGAAGUACAAACACCAGAGGAUAUCUUGUUGCAAAUCAUUGGUGUUUUAGAGCAUGCUCGUUAUCAGAAAAAUGUUUCUAGCUGGAUCAGGUUCGGCGGUCUUGGCGAUUUGGGUAAUGUUAGCGACGAGCACCCAUACCGAGAAGCAUUGCGCAAAUGUGCAGAAGGAGAUGUGGAAGAAGAUGAAAAGAAAGCUUUCAAGGAAUGGGAGGCAUACUUCUCCCUUGAUCUUGCUCAAACGGAAGAAGACCAAGGUCCUCGCUUACAAGUCAGUGUGGGAGACCGAACACCAACUUUCUGGGCAGAGGAAGGUCAGAGAGCCUUGUCAAGAAAGGGUAUCGAAGCAGUGAUCUGA